AUGUCAAAGAGUCACCUGAGUAAUGAUGAUUUCUUCCUGCGACUCUCAGAGCUCUUUGAUGAGCGACGACAGAAGAAUCAUGGCAGUAUACACUUGACUCAAAAGCGCAUGUCAUAUGGAGCAGAUGGCGAUGUAGAGUCUCCUGAACCGUCCACAGCGCAACCGUUCCCCGAUCUGACUCCUUCGAAACCAUUACCAAUUAUAAUCCGGGCGACGAAUGGAAAAUCGAAAGAGAAGCGGGACAAGAAGGUCAAAUUGUCGACUAUUGUAGAUGUAGAUGCGUUGGAGGGCUUCUACAGCAAAUAUGCGGAGGUAUGCAAGCUAGGCAUGUCAGGUCUGAAGAAGAGAGACAGGAGUAAGGCGAAGGAGAAGUUAAAGGCGAAGAAGAAGAAACAGGGUGGCGCUGCUGCUGGAGGCACGGAAGUCAAAAAGGAGAAGCCUUGAUUGGAAGUCUCGGUGUUACUAGGAUUUUAUCUUGCUACUUUGGCAUGGAACAAUUUGAAGCUAUACCCAAGCCAAGAGACCUUGGCAGCAAGACAAGAACUAUUUCUCAAAGGGCCCAAGAGUGUGUGGAGAUGGUUAAGAAUGUCGAAGACCUAAAAACAUGCUAAUAUCUGACCGCCAAUUCCAAUGCUUCAUCACGAACCACAUACCCUCCAUUAUCCUCAAAAUGACUGAUUGAUCAACAUACCAAUCAAAUCAUCUCAGCAAUCCAUGAACAUCUGCGAUUAAAGAUCAUGCUUCCAGAGAACCCAACGAACCUAGCAGGUACAAUAUCCUACAAACGGUUAUGAGAAGUCCC